AUGGGUCGGUUAAAAUUAUCGGCCCGACCAGAGCGGGUCGGUUGGUGGGCAAUUAUCGGCCACAAAAGUCGGGCCGAUAGUGGGUCGGUUGUCGGGUCGAUUGUACUAAUGUCUUCGAAUCAACCCAAACGAUUGAAAAAUAAUACGAUUCACGCCUUUUUCCAAAGUAAUAAAAAAGAAUCAUCAACAUCUAAUGUUGAUAGUUCUUCUCUCGAUCAUGAACAAGAACGUCCUGAACCGGCUAUUACAACAGCUAUUACAACAGUUGGGGUUAUGCUUAAUGAAGAAUUUGAUAUCAAUUAUUUGGAACGUGAUCCGGGAAAAAGACCUCAAAUUUGGAUGUAUCCUGUCGAAAAACAGGACGAAAUUCGCCGUACUUAUAUCAAGUUAGGGCCAUAUCAAUUUUAUUUACCUGAAUAUCCUUACUCAGGUAAUGAAGGCAAUCGUCGACGAUUUCAGUAUGCAUGGUUUUCCAAAUUUCCGGCUUGGUUAGAGUAUUCUCCGACUAAAGAUGCUGCUUAUUGUUUGCCAUGCUUUAUUUUUGCUAGUGAGACAAAUGUACGUUUUGGCGCGAAUACAUUUAUGGUGGAAGGAUUUCGAAAUUGGAAGAAAGUAAAUGAAGGAAAAAAUUGUGCUUUUUUACGCCAUAUUGGAGGCCAUAAUUCCCAGCAUUGUGUUUCUUUAAAAUCAUGCGAGGGUCUAAUGAAUCAAUCUGCGCAUAUAGACAAGGUCAUGCAAAGACAGUCAUCGGUAGAAAUAUUGAAUAAUCGUUUGAGGCUUAAAACCUCAAUUGACUGUGUUCGUUGGCUUGCAUAUCAAUCAUGUUCUUUUCGAGGCCAUGAUGAAGGCCCAACGUCAAAAAAUUCAGGUAAUUUUCGCGAGAUGGUGAAGCUUUUGGCAAAUUAUAAAGAAAAAGUAGCUGCAACUGUUUUAGAUAAAGCUCCUCCCACUGCCAAGUACAUCUCUCCGACAAUUCAAAAGGAGAUAUUGCAUAUUAUUGCUUCUAAGGUGAGAAAUAAAAUUCGAGAAGAUAUUGGUGACUCUAAGUUUUGUAUUCUUGUUGAUGAGGCACGAGACGAAUCGAAAAAGGAACAAAUGGCUCUUGUUUUAAGAUUUGUUGAUAAAAUAGGUGUUCUCCAAGAACGUUUCUUUGAUAUCGUAAGUGUCAAAGACACAACUUCGUUGACUCUUAAACAUGAACUUUCAACAUUUUUUUCUCAUCAUGCUUUAAGUAUUGAUAAUCUUCGAGGGCAGGGUUAUGACGGUGCAAGCAAUAUGCGUGGCGAAUGGAACGGAUUACAAGCAUUAUUUUUGAAAGAUUGUCCGUAUGCAUAUUACGUACAUUGUUUUGCUCAUCGACUUCAGUUGGCAUUAGUGGCGGCAUCAAGAGAGUGGAGCUAA